CUGGUUUUGUUUUUGGUUUUAACGUCUGAAUUCAAUAACAAAUUGUUCAAUGGGAAAACAUCAGAUGGGAAACAAAGUGGGUGGCCGGUUUAGAAGAAACAUUUAAUCCCCAUCGGUGUUCGGAGUUGUUACGACGAAGGGAAGCGUACGGCGGAGACGUUGGCUAUGGACUACCACAGAGGCGCCAAUGUUGAGGUUAGGAUAGCUCGGAUCUUCAAUACUUACUGGCCUAGGAUGUGUAUUGAUGACGGUCGUGUCGUUAGCAACUUCGUUGCCCAGGCAUUAAGAAAAGCGCCAUUGACUGUUUAUGGCGACGGUAAGCAGACACGGAGCUUCCAGUUUGUCUCUGAUCUGGUGGAGGGUCUGAUGAGGUUGAUGGAAGGAGAACAUGUUGGCCCAUUUAACCUUGGCAACCCUGGUGAAUCCACCAUGCUCGAGCUCGCUAAGGUGGUUCAAGAGACGAUCGACCCGAACGCAAAGAUAGAGUUUAGACCAAACACAGAGGUCGACCCACACAAGAGGAAACCAGACAUCACAAAGGCCAAAGAGCUUCUUGGUUGGGAACCAAAGGUCGCUCUCCGCCAAGGGCUCCCUCUUAUGGUCAAAGAUUUCCGUCAGCGUGUCUUUGGCGACCAAAAGCAGGAGACCAUCACCACUUCUUCUUCAUCAACAGAAUAAAAGCAAUUAGCCAAGGUCUGAGCACCUAUAUAUAAACAACUCACAACUCAGGUCGUAGGGACAAGAUCUUCAUUUUUGUUUUACCAUUUCCUUUUUUUUGUUAUUUGUGUUUAUUGCCGUUUUGCUACUUCCGUGUGUUAAUGUAGUGGAGAUCGUACCUCACACCCGAUUUUUCAACA